AUUUAAAAAUUCUGUUUCAAGGGCGAUGAAGUGGCUGUUUCGUCAAUUGCCCUUGGUGGAGGAUCAAGGAUGAUGAUGGCUGGUGCUAGUGAUGAAGUGCAGCAUUACCAGCAGCAGCAUCAUCACCACCAGCAUCAGCAGCAAUACGCUGAUGCAGAUUCAGAAUUGGAUAUUCACGAGAGAGAUCAGGUUACGGCAUGCGUCUCAGGAGAGUCCUCUGACAUCACCAGUAAACCUGACUUGGUGAGACCGUCAUCCGAUAACUUGUCUGCUCUGGAGCAGGGAAGAGAAAUGAUCGCUGAAAUGAACAGCACUGCACACAUGGCGCAGAUUAUUGGCUUGAAUGGACAAGAAAUAGUUGUGCAUCCCGGCAACGGUCACCAGAUGCAGGACUCGAGUUUCACGACGCUUCAGAAGCAGGGCUACGCAAAUCCCCAAGUUGAUCAGCAAAUGCAGUUCCAGCACUUGCAGCACCUCAAGAUUAACGGAGCUCAAUAUCAGCCUGCAGUUAAAAGGGACUACGGAGCCUCGUACUCGAGUCUGAGUCCAGCAAAUCUCUGUGAACUUGGAACAGAAUAUUACGCAACAACCUCUACAGCGCCCUCUGGAGGAACCUACGCCACUCUGGCUCCUCGCAACCGCAGCAGACAACAGCCCGCAGGCGGCUCUCACAGCUACACGCUUCACAGGCCCCCUCCUCUGCCCAAAGCUCCUCCCACCGCUCCUGGCUCCUCUCCUGCCCAAAGACCUGACAUUACAAGAGAUUUAGUGUCCCGCGAUAAGUCUUGCGAAUCUCGACCUGAGCAGCAGCAGCUCCAAUUGCAAGGCCAAAUUGUGGAAAAUUUCAACCCCAAUCUAGCAGCCGUGGAAAGUCUGAACGAUGGAGGAAACAAACCUGAUUUGACUAAUCAUAUUAUGCAGGGCAAUCUUCCUAGAGGGAAUGUAGAAAAGGAUGAACAGCUUAUAUUGCUGAGGGAUUUUAAGAGCACGAGUGUCUAUAAUGGUAUACCAGAUGCAAUAAUUCGUCAGAACAUGAACAACAACCGAUCGCCUUCACACCCCAUCAAUGUGGAAGUACCGGAUUCCCGUACAGAAACCGCUGAAGAUUACAAUCCAAAAACAGGAAGAAGAAGCUCAAGGCGGGGGAGAUCUAGUUCGGAACGGACUGCUGUGUCCCAGCUUUUUCACGACGAUAAAGAUGGUCAGAGCCGCCAACGUCAACCUCCUUCAUCUGAUCGGAGCGUCGGAUCCCCGGACGGAUCAGGGUCCAGGAGCAGCAGCAGCAGCUUGUCUGGCAGGAACAAAAGUCCGAAACGCUCAAAGCGACCAAGCGCAAGCGCCGGCAUUUCUGAGUAUCUAAAUACAGACACAAUUAGACGCAGCGGCCCGCUUACAGCCUCGCAGCAAGUCGUAUUCUCUUCGUCCUACUCACCGCCAACAAUUUACUACACCACCCGACCAGCGCGAAAUGUUACCCCAGAAAAGUAUAAAAGAAAAAAAUCGCUUGGCAGUUAUCCUAACGAGGAUCUACGGUCGAGAAGAAACAGUAAAAGCAGAUCCAGGGAAGAGCUCGAGAGAAACUCUACACAAAAACCUAGCGCCAAGUUUAGCUUAGAGAACAUGAACUCUGUAGAUCAAUUGUAAAUAGAAUUUUGAGCUUAGAACGUGUGAUUUUAUUCGUUAGAUUGCUGGCAGUAAUCUUGCUACAAAAACGUGUCAGAAUAAAAUUUUUGUCAAAAUAAAAGCAUAAUUUGUAAUUCAUUCAUGCCAUUUCUCGUUGAUUAUUGACUUUUUAGUGUGGGCGAGAAAAGGCACGUUGGAUUGUAAAUAUUAUAAAAUAUGUACAAGCUUAUACAUGGCUUUUAGGUAUUACUAUAUGUUAAUUAAAUACAAAAUAGGUACUUUGAUUCGAGUUAUUCUCGAAUUGAAAAGAAUUACGGUGAAUUUGUGGCAGGAGCUGCAUUGCUGACGGCAAAUGAAGGCGGUGUGUGGGGCAUGACAGGUUGGAGUUGUCUAGUGUCAAUUUAGCACCUAUGAAAUCAUUUGCUCAUACCCUUUCACACUUAUGCUUCUUAGAGGCGUUGCUACAUUGCGGUAGCUAUACUUCCGUGCAAACUUUUCUCUGUGUAAAAGGAAUGUAAAUAUUUGUGAAAAGACUGGGAAAUAUUUCUUAAGAUUUUGUAAAGAUUUUUAGGGAGUUAUUUUCGGGUGCCGCGGCCUUCAUCACGAAGGACUUACGUCUGUGUGGGCAAAGAACCUCCAGGGAGUGGCGACUGGAAGCUCAAAUCUCUUCUUAUUUUAUCCUUGUAGUUCAUGCGCAUUAUGUACUCUCGCUUUUUUACAUUUGUAUUUUUCUUCCGUCUUAGAUUUCCUGUCAAGAUUCAGGCAGAAUAUGUGCUACUGGUUUGUGGUCUUAGGUAGAACCUAUUUUGGGACAUAUCGUAAUGUUAUUAGAUUAUUUAUUUGCACGGAAAAUCAUCUGACAUGUCUGAUUUUACGAAAAUUAUAGACGAAGCUGGAAAAUUAAAAAAACAAACAAACGAGUUUAUCGCAUUAUAAUUAUUUAUCAGGUGUUUUUGUCUGGUAUCUGUUUUUUCAAAAUAUCCUAAGUAAUUACGAUCCGAUUUGAGGUGCUUCAGCGAAACAUAAACAAACGUGAUGAAGUUAGUUGCAAUCUCGUCAUUUCAGCAACUUAGAAUUAUAAUGAAAAUCCCUCAGAGGAUCGUGACACCCUUCUACUGACACGCCUCUUCUAGUUGUUGAAGUUCAUUUUUUAUAUGUCUAACUGGUCUCUCAAAAAUGAGAUGGACUAGGAACUAAGAUUAUAGUUUUUAUUAUUUACAAUGUGUCAAUAUCGCUUGUAUCGAAUAUUAAUGCAAGUUGAGAAGGCAUGGACGUUUUAGUAUACGUUAAAUGCUUGGCAAUGUGACAAUCUUAGAUGACCCCGCUACCAGUGCUGCGUGUGGCAUUACUGUCUUUGGGAAAUCUGCUUGAUUUUAGUACAGGCAUUCCAUUUUAGAUAAUGUAAAGUGAUGAACCGUCAUCGUAUGCGAAUAAACUUAAUAUAAACAUAUUUAAUUCUUCUGAAAAUUCCAACUUGCAUGAUUCAAUGAGGAAAAAAUAUAUUUGUUGAAGAGCCUUGUGCGACGAUCAUGAGUGAAGGGAAAGUACCCGAAUUACAAUUUGAAAUUGAAUAUUUUGCGCACGUUGUCUUGUUACAAUUUCAAUCAAAGAGUAUCCAAUUUAUGUCAGAAUGUCCUGGAUGAAUAAUCAGAGUAAUAGUUAAUUUAAGCAGUUAAAAUAUUAUACGAGCUUCAAUGAGAUUAUGUUGGUAAUGAUGAUAAUUUAUGUUCAAUGUUUAAAGCUAGGUAAUAAAAUAGACGGUUGUACUUUAAUUCAAUUAACUUGUAAGCAUUUUAUCGCUGAGAUGUUGUUGGAUAAAAAAAUGAAAAAUUUUACCGCAUGCCCGUCUCAGGGUAUCCGUGAAACUUCUCUAAGUGUUUUACAUUGAAUAAUACCCCAUUUAUUUUACAAACUCUAUUAAGAGAA